UGUAUGAUUAUAGCAUAUUUGGAAAGUUAGAUGUUUAGAAUGUUCUUUGAGUCACUUUAAUGAAUUUUGUGAUAACAGACUUUGUAGACAUGUUUUCAGACGUGUUUUAGAGAAAUCUACACGUUUCUCCGUCGCCAUCUGCCGCCGCUUGGCUGUAAGCUGCAGUGCGCAUGCGCGAUCUAGGGGGCGCUAUUACGCGAAGGGGAUUGCAUGUCGUCUUGGGAAAAAGGCUUUUGUUUUCCUUUGCAGGAAAGUCGAGGAAGAGCGUUUCAAAACAAGGGGCAUUCCUGCAACUCGUAAUGUUGCUCGGGGGCAAGUUUAUAUACGAUGGAUUAUUGUAUGCUUCUUGCCAGGGACUUUAGUACUUUGUGGGCCUUUUGACGCCACGCUGAGGAAACAGUUAUCAGAGCUGCUGCUGCUGCAGACUGGAAGGCGGAAGGAGAAGGAGAAGGAGAAGGAGAAGGGAAUUCCGGAAGAAAGCCCAGCCAUGGAGAUGGCUCAGAGAUGCUCUGCUUUUAUUUCGGAGCGGAUUUGUUACAUCAGUCGAUAUUAUUGGAACCCCCGCGCUAAUUUAGAUGCACUAUAAACUUAUUCUUAUCCGUAUUCUCCUAUUAAUGCCGUAAAUAAAAACUGUUAGUAAGUGAGAGAGUCAAAAUGGCGGCGGCCUGGCCCAUCCCCCAGGCCCUGUUCAUGAUCUUACUGAGUGCUGCUGUGGCCCUGGACCCGUGUCCGUCACCCUGUAUCUGUUCAGAAACUCCAGACGGGACUAAACUUUUGGACUGCAGUCGGAAAACGCUGUCUGAUCCUCCGGUGGGAAUCCCAGCAUGGGUCACUCAUGUGUCUUUAAAUAAUAAUGAGCUCUCGGGUGUGCCUUUUCUUGGAGAUGCUUCCUCAAACAUCACUGUGUUGUCUUUGGUUUUUAACCGGAUCUCUGAAGUGGUGGCUGAACAGCUUCUGCCCUAUUCAGUCCUGGAAAGCCUGGAUCUGAGCUCCAACUCUAUCUCUGAGCUGAAAACUGGAUCAUUUCCUCCUAUGCAGCUAAAAUACCUGAAUCUGAGCAACAACAAAAUCAGCUCUCUAGAACCAGAUUGCUUUAACAACAUCAGCUCUCUGCUGGUGCUGAAGAUAAACAGGAACCGGCUAUCACUACUGCCUGCUAAAGUCUUCACUCUGUUUCAGCUGCAAAUUCUGGAGUUGAAACGCAAUAAGAUCAGAGUGGUAGACAGUUUGAUCUUCAAAGAGCUGAAAGCUCUGAAGUCUCUGAAGAUGCAGAGAAAUGGCAUCACGAAGCUGAUGGAUGGAGCUCUUUUUGGACUUGCUGAUAUGGAGGAACUGGAGCUGGAACACAAUAACCUCACUGAGUUAAAUAAGGGUUGGCUUUAUGGCCUGCACAUGCUCCGUGUACUCCGACUCGGCCACAACAACAUCGGUCUGAUCCGAGCCGAUGCCUGGGAGUUCUGCCGCCGCCUGGAAGAUCUAGAUCUGUCAUAUAAUCACUUGAGUCGUCUGGAGGACUGGGCUUUCUCUAGCCUCGGGCUAUUGCAGAAUCUAAACCUGGGCGAGAAUCGCAUCACGCACCUGGGAGAGGGAGUUUUCGACAGCCUGGCAAACGUCCGCAUGCUGGAUAUCCGCAACAAUGACAUAUCUCUUGUUAUUGAGGACACAAUCAGUUUGUUUGCAGCAAUGAAAAAGCUCAACACAUUGGUACUUCAGAGGAACAACAUCCGAACCAUCACAGAGAAGGCCUUUGAGGGUCUGAAGGAACUAGAACAUCUAGAUUUGAGUAAGAACCGGAUCAUCUCUAUGCACCCUGAGGCCUUCUCUCGCUUGAAACUCAAAUCCCUUGAUUUGAACACCAGUGGUCUCCUCUGUGACUGCAAUCUGAAGUGGCUCAGCCGGUGGCUAAUUGACAGCCUUUUUCAGCCGUCAUGCACCGCUGUGUGUGCAUAUCCUGCUCACUUGGCAGGCAGGAGUGUCUUUAGUGUACCCCAGGAAGGAUUUGUGUGUGAUGGCUUCCCUCAUCCACAGAUUAGUGGGAACCCUAAGACAGUGGUGGCUCUGCGUGGCACCAAUGUCACUCUCAACUGCUCUGCCUUCAGCACUAGUGACUCCUCAAUGAACGCCACCUGGAGGAAAGACAGAGAGGUGCUGUCUGAUGCACAGGUGCAAAACUAUGCACGCUACCAGGACCAGCAGCUCAUCUACACCAGCAUGCUCCAUCUGCUUAAUGUUAACUUCACCGACGAAGGACGCUAUCAGUGUGUAAUCUCCAACAACUUUAGCUCCAACUACUCCACUGAGGCUAAAGUGACGGUUAAUGAGCUGCCAUCCUUCCUGAAGACACCUAUGGACCUGACGAUCCGGACUGGCACCGUAGCACGUUUGGAGUGUGCGGCAGAGGGACACCCUCCCCCCCAGAUUGCCUGGCAGAAAGACGGGGGCAUCAACUUCCCUGCUGCCCGGGAGAGAAGGAUGCAUGUCAUGCCAGAAGACGACACUUUUUUCAUUGCCAACGUAAAGGCAGAGGACAUGGGUGUGUACAGCUGCACUGCCAAAAAUGAGGCAGGUAGUCUGUCAGCCAAUGCCACACUCACUGUUUUGGAAACGCCAUCAUUCCAGCGCCCUUUAGAGGAUCGUACAGUGGCGCGUGGUGAGACUGCCGUUCUUCAGUGCAUAGCUCGUGGGAGCCCUGCCCCCCGCUUAAAUUGGACAAAAGACGACGGCCCACUGAUUUUGACGGAGCGUCACUUUUUUGCAGCAGCCAAUCAGCUCCUUAUUAUCGUGGAUGCCAGGUCUGCGGAUGCAGGAAAAUACACCUGCAUUAUGUCCAACACGCUUGGCACGGAACGCGGACACAUUUACCUCAGCGUCUCAUCCUCUCCUAACUGUGAGCCAGCUGGCAGUGGUUACGAUCCGGAUGGCUGGACUACAGUGGGCAUUGUAGUGAUGGUGGUUGUGUGCUGUGUGGUGGGCACGUCUCUGGUUUGGGUGAUAGUCAUCUACCACAUGAGACGCAAGAGCGAGGACUACAGCAUCACUAACACAGAUGAAAUGAACCUGCCAGCGGACAUCCCCAGUUACCUGUCAUCCCAGGGGACGCUGUCUGAGCCUCAGGAAGGCUACAGCAACUCGGAGGCAGGCAGUCAUCAGCAGCUCAUGCCCUCCCUGACUAAUGGCUAUGCUCAUAAAGGAACUGAUGGUGUGUGUUAUGGUGAUGUGGGAGGGGAAAUGGACCCAGAGACCAGUGGGAUGCUGGGUAGUCGUGUAGGGUCUCUGUUUGCUGGACGCAGCAGCUUCCAUCCUGGAGAGCCAAGGGACAAUCUGCCGCACAUGUCCAAUGGUGGCACUGCCCCAUUAGUUAUCUGCUCAGACUGUUACGACAAUGCUAACAUCUACUCUCGCACACGGGACUACUGCCACUACUCUUAUCUGAGUGAAGAAGAUGCUCUGGAUGCCCAGCUGCCCAGAGACGCAAGUAGAGAGGGGCAGCAUGAGGAUGCAGCGCUGCAUGACCUGAUCACCCCGGACACUCAAGAGCCCCAGCACCAUGCCUUACACCACUACAGUAGCAAAGAUAUUCCAAGCAGAUCGUUUUGGAGUGGAGUAGACUCUCAUUCCUCCGAGUUGCCCCAAGGCUCAGUGACUGUACACAAACCACCAACAGGUCCCUCUAAUGGGAACGGGCAUGAGGAAAGAACAGGAGGGCUCGAGGAAGCCUCGUACAGGACUAACUCUCAGGAUCACAACCCUCCGAACACAUAGAGCCCAAAAACACCCAGCGUUUACGCCCUGCUCAGCGUGCCCUACAAUCCCACUACCUCUUCCAAGAAAACUCGCACUCUGUCAAAAAAAAAAAAAGAAACCCAAAUUCCACUUUCUUCUGUGUUUACAUUCUGUACUGUCCCCUCGUUGGAUCCUGCUGGUGUGUGUGUGUGUGUGUGUGUGUUUCUUGUGAACAACCCUUUCUAGGACAAGGUGAUGAUCCUCCCACUGAUUCCACACAAACUAAUACUCUGAUAUAGGUUGACUCUGAAUGUAAUGUUUCUUGUCAGAGUCUUGCUCACUCUGCCUUUUAUCUUCAGGACUUUUUUUGCACCCUUUUUCUCUCUACUGUGGUGAACAUUAACUCCCAUGUGUAUGCCAAAGUAUUGAGCCAGCGCUCUUUAAGCUGCUCAGGCUCUUAAAAAAAAAAAAAAAAGUGGUGAUCCUUAUCCUUUUUGGAAUCCUUGUCUGAAUCAAUCCUUAUAAUGUUGAAUAUUUAUAGGAGGUCAUCACUCUGUCACGGAGACAAAUAUCCAUUCUGCAUUACUCUUUCCUGUUAGUUACAUCGAGAAAGGUGACAGUGGCAGGUGGAACAUUUUUUUUUUUUUUUUUGCUUUAUUAGAGUGAAAUGCUGUUCCCUUGCUUUCCCAUCCAGUAUUAUAAAAUGAAGUUACUAUCUGUUUUUUGUUAGUUUUUUUUUUUUACCUGCUUUUCACAAAGCCAGGCAUAUAUCUCAUUCCCUCUUUGUUAUUAAAAAAGGCACUAUAUCUGACAGAAGAUGUAGAACAUUUGCAACAUAGACAAUCGAGCUAAAGCAGUCUUACAGGGUCCCCCAUGUGUUUUUUUUUUUUUUUUUUUUUGUCUAUUCUUAUACAGUUCUGUAGCUAUUGCUACGGCUCUUCCCUGAAGCUGUUUCUCUUAUGUAGAAUCUGAAAGAGUCACUGUACUGUUAAAUAUAUGUACGUUCCUCCCAUGCAUUUUGAAGCCUAUAGGGCACUGAAUGUGUGUAUCAGACACGGAUUGGUGCCCUGUCUAAUUCUGAAAUUCAUUUAUACAAUUGGCCUUGAGCUGAUUACCAGGUUGCAUAUAUCUGUAACACAGACUCGAUCGUUUUUUGUUUUUUUUUUAACAAUGUGAUACUGUUUAAAAUGGCCACUCUGUAGCACCACUAACGCAUCCUAGUUAGUGACAGCACCAGGUACAUCAAUAUCAGUGAUGUCAGUAUUAAUAUCAUUCUCAGCAGCAGGGUACACAAGGCUGCAGAGAUGAAAUCCAUUUAAAGUAACAAAAAAAACAAAAAACAAAACCCAGUGCUUUUAUAUUUUGUUUGGUCUGUCCUUCCUCACAUUGCUGAAUUGCAUAUGUGUCUGAAAUCUGCUUCUAUAUGGAGGACACUUCUUGCAAAAAUAUUCCACCAUGAAAUGAGCUGUAUGUUUGGACCAUAAACAGAACGAUUCCUCUCUCUUAACAGCUGUUUUUUUUCCCCCUGACCAUUAGCACUUUCUGUCUGUAGUAUGUAGACAGAUGUUCGUUACAGAAUGUCCAAUGCUUGGACUGUCUGAUUUCAUCCACACUUGGUACAAUCCUAUAUAUGCUGCACAUCCCAUAGGAGGAUAAUUUGUUCCAAAGAGUUUGUGUGUGUGUGUGUGUGUGUGUUACUGAGUGUGAGAGUGUGAAAGAAAGAAUGAAAGAAAAAACUGAGGUACUCUAACAUGUAAUUGUAAAAUGUGUGUAUCGUGCAAUGCACUACAGCAUUACAUCACUACAGCCGGAUACAGUAUGUAUCAGUUAUAUGUUCUGUUGUAUUUAUUUAAAGUUGGAAAAAAAUUUUGGAUGUUAUUUCAAUCUAAUGAACAUAUGUUAAUGUAUUGCUUUUGUUUCAGUGUGCUCUCUUGAUUUGCACAUAAUCCUUUCAUUCCACUUUACAAAUCCUUGAGCAGACCCCAUGGUUUUAUCCAGUUCUGUGAAGAGUAGCAGUGCAUGUAUGCUGCCAGAGGUUUAUGGUGAAGUUUUCCAUAUAUUAAAAGCUGUUAUAAUUGGAGUUAAUAGCCGUAGAGCACAUCACUGCUACUACUUGCACACUUUUGCUGUCGGAUAUUUAAGGCAAAGUAAAUUCAGCAUCCUAUCCGGAAGAUGCGUAAUGGUACAGAUUUAAUGGUUUUUACUGAAUAAUUGAAAAAAAAACGUCGCUAAAUAGGAAUGGUCUGAGAGUUUGUGUUGAAGGGCACAAGUGUAAGUUUGCAUUCAGUUCACAGCUCACAUCCUCAAUAUGUUUUUUUUUUUUUUUUCUGAAAAUGAACCAAAGUUUAGCUUUAAUGCUUUGACAAUAUUCCAGUGCUGCUUUAAUGUAUUUUUUUUCGUUUGUUUGUUUUUUUUUCCAAUAUUGUACCUGUACAUUCUGUAAAGCAUGUAUAAAGAACUUUUUGUUUUAAAAAUGUUGCAUAUUAAACAAUAAAAUGCAAAUUCUGACAUA